CUUCAAUUGUUCCCAUAAAUCUGGUAACAGAGAAAACUUUCCAGCUGAACGCCGAUAAGACUUCAUACUACUCAUAAUCCUGUAUAUAUUGUGAUCAGCACAACAGUGAAGACCACCUCGAAGAGAGUGACCUCACGUUUGGCUGUCCACUUUUUCCCUUCCUCUUGAUCCUGUACAACUUCAGACUUCCUUGCCUUCCUGAGUCAUGGAGAAGGUCCAAUACCUCACUCGCUCUGCUAUAAGAAGAGCUUCAACCAUUGAAGUGCCUCAACAAGCACGCCAAAAUCUCCAGAACCUGUUUAUCAACUUCUGUCUCAUCUUAAUAUGUCUCUUGUUGAUCUGCAUCAUCGUGAUGCUUCUCUGAAGCUCUGCUGCAACCUCCAGUGUUGCAACUGAUCACCAUCAGCUUAACAGGUGUCAUCCCAUGGAGAGGGAAAAACAGACCACUCCCUACGUAAAAGAAGUUUUGUGAAAAGGUCAAGAUUCAGAAGAAAUUAUUAACGAAUGUAUUCACCUGCUGGAUCUUGUAACCAUGAAAAGGGCUCUAUUUUUAAAAUUAACUUUAAAAUGACUAUAAAUAGUGUGUCCAAUGUAACUGCUGGGUUUCUGCAACAGAGCUUGUAAGUUGCAAUCCCAAAUCUUUUCUGAGGAUGAACUAGGAGUUUAGUUUUGAAACUGUACUGCUAAUAAGUUCACGUCAUAUAUAAAGCAUUAGCUUCACUAUUGGCAGUAAAUAUAAUUUAUAUUAUACUGUAAAAGCCUCUUUGAUGUUUAUUAAGUAUUUUCAGGUCUUCAUAAGUACCAAAAUAAUCAUUCAAGUGUCAUUAUUUGAAAUAAGCCCACUGAUUCCUCAUGUUAUCUUAUUAUUUUACAGACAUCUUUGUAGUAGUAACUAUCAUAACCCCCAUUCUAAAAUAAAAAUUGCAUUCUCUUUCUAUACUUACCCUAACAUUUUUUGAAGUUUAUGAGAAUCAAGUAGGAAAAAGUAAGGCUAUACUCUUACAUAAAUAAAAUUUCUCAUAAUUAUUUUUUUCAAAGAAUUACAGAAUUCUAGUACAUGUAGAUAACCAUCUCCCUAGGACAGUAUGAUUGCUCAAUAGAGAAGAAAUGUUGGUUACUUUACCUGCUGAUAAUGUAAUUAGCCAUAACUAUGAAUAUGCUAAUAGAAUAGAAUCUAACUUUAAUUUAUGGCACUGUAGUUGAUUAUCUGAGCUAGAAUACAUAAUUGGCCAUACUAUAUCUUUGCAAUCAUGAAAUCUUACGACUUUAGAUUUGAUAGGUUGUCUUCUAUUCUAGCGUCAUACUCAGUGCAUCAAGAAAAGGAGGAAAGAACAGUAUUUCCAGCAUUAAAAGUAAAAUUUCAAAUUCUCUCUCCAAAUUAACUUAUUCAUUGAUUAUAUUUUGAAAUGAAUUUUUUGUCUUACUAUUGUAUAUGACAGGAUAGAGCUCUUUUCCUUAAUCUCAUCAACCACACAGUAAACACAAGGGGAACCC